UGGGGGUCUUUGGGACUUGGGGGGUAUUAUAAGCUGGCGGCGGCCUGAGCCAGGCGUCAGUUGAACACGGGUACCGGAGCCGAGCACUCCCCGGGUCGCACCCCGCAACGCACGUAGUCAGUGACUGUGAUAUAGAACUAGUAAAUAACUCAAAAUGUGUGACGACGAGGUUGCCGCCCUGGUUGUGGACAAUGGCUCCGGCAUGUGCAAGGCCGGUUUCGCCGGUGACGACGCCCCUCGCGCCGUCUUCCCCUCCAUUGUCGGCCGUCCCCGCCAUCAGGGCGUGAUGGUGGGCAUGGGCCAGAAGGACUCCUAUGUGGGUGACGAGGCGCAGAGCAAGCGAGGUAUCCUGACCCUCAAAUACCCCAUCGAGCACGGUAUUGUCACCAACUGGGACGACAUGGAGAAGAUCUGGCACCACACUUUCUACAAUGAGCUCCGUGUGGCCCCAGAGGAGCACCCAGUCCUGCUGACGGAGGCUCCCCUCAACCCCAAGGCCAACCGCGAAAAGAUGACCCAGAUCAUGUUCGAAACCUUCAACACUCCCGCCAUGUACGUGGCCAUCCAGGCCGUGCUGUCCUUGUACGCCUCCGGCCGUACCACCGGUAUUGUGCUGGACUCCGGUGACGGCGUUUCACACACUGUCCCCAUCUACGAGGGAUAUGCCCUUCCUCACGCUAUCCUGCGUCUGGACUUGGCUGGCCGUGACCUCACUGACUACCUGAUGAAAAUCCUGACCGAGCGAGGCUACACCUUCACGACCACCGCCGAGCGAGAAAUCGUUCGUGACAUCAAGGAAAAGUUGUGCUACGUGGCCCUGGACUUCGAGCAGGAGAUGACCACUGCCGCUUCCUCCUCCUCCCUGGAGAAGUCUUACGAGCUUCCUGACGGCCAGGUCAUCACCAUCGGUAACGAGAGGUUCCGCUGCCCCGAGGCUCUCUUCCAGCCUUCCUUCCUGGGUAUGGAGUCCUGCGGCAUCCACGAGACCACUUACAACUCCAUCAUGAAGUGCGACGUGGACAUCCGUAAGGACCUGUACGCCAACACUGUGCUGUCCGGAGGCACCACCAUGUACCCCGGCAUUGCUGAUAGGAUGCAGAAGGAAAUCACCGCCCUGGCGCCCUCCACCAUGAAGAUCAAGAUCAUUGCUCCCCCUGAGCGCAAGUACUCCGUCUGGAUCGGCGGCUCCAUCCUGGCCUCCCUCUCCACCUUCCAGCAGAUGUGGAUCAGCAAGCAAGAGUAUGACGAGUCUGGCCCCUCCAUCGUCCACAGGAAGUGCUUCUAAAUUGCUAUCCUUCAUUUAGCUUAAAUGUACAUGAUUUAGGAUGUCAAUUUUUACAUUCUAUUAGGCUAAGAUUACGUUAUUUGAUAAGAUUAUGUUAUUUAAAGUGGAAUAAAUUCAUUUAUAAUGA